AGCGUUUGUCGCGUCUCCGCGUUCCCUGCCGUGGCCGCGGCGGGCGCAGGGAGAGGGCGGGAGCCCAACUCCAGCCGUCGCGCUCCCGCUUCCCGGGCUGCGCUCCCUCUUAAGGCCCUGUUCCCUGGAAGCGUAACCCCGGGCCUGUGCUGAUCCGCGCCCCUCGCGCCCUUCGGCCCAGGGAGCAGCAGGUUCCCCGGGCUCACUGACCCAGCGCGUGCCCUGCGGGGCCGCACUGCGGGGAAGAGGCGGCCCCGGCCCGGCCGCGCCUCCGCGUGACGUCACCGCCGGCAGCAGGAAGCCCUGAGGAGCGCUUCCGGGGCAGCGCCGGCCCUGCCAAGAUGGCGGCGCCCGGGUGCCGCUGAGCGCAGGUGGCGGCCGCCCGAGGCACCGGCUGCCAUGGCGCUGAGCAGCCGCCGCUGCCUUCUGCUGGCGGCCGGCAGGCUCCGGGCACGCGGAGCAGGUCUUUCUUUUGCAUCAACUACAACCAGCCUCAAAACUGAGACCGAAGUGGACACAAAUGAGAAUGAGGUUGUUGCCCCGGACUUCACUAACAGGAAUCCUCGGAACUUGGAGCAGUUGGCCCUGGCUAGGAAGGAGCGUGGCUGGAAGACAACAUGGCCAAAGCGUGAAUUCUGGCAUAGGCUGCGGCUGGAGCGGACGCAACAUUACGUGGAGGCCUUCGUGGAGCGCUGCGACGGGGAUGUUGUGGUCUCUGCCUCCACCCGGGAGUGGGCCAUCAAGAAGCACCUCUACAGCCCCAAGGGGGUCACGGCGUGCAAAAACCUGGGCCGUGUAAUGGCACAGCGCUGUCUGGAAGCAGGAAUCAACUUUGUGAACUUUAAAGCUGUUAUCCCCUGGGAAUAUCGUUGUGACUCGAUUCAGGAAUUCCAGAAAGCCAUGGAGGAGGGUGGUGUCAUCCUGCGUGAGCCACGAAGAAUCUAUCAGUGAAAUGGAGACUGUGGGGAAAACUUCUGAAGGAGCAGUGAUCACUUACUUAGGCAUGUGUACAGGCAGUGAACGUCCAGCGCUGGAAAAAGUUGGAGUUUGGCAUCCUAGAAUUAAAUGGUUUUUAAAUGCA